CGCAAUAUACAAUGUAACAUAACAACAAAUUCAGUUCAAUUAUCAUUAAAUUCCGAUUAGUGAAAGUCAAAUCAAAAUACUAUAAGUCUUAAUAUUGCCAACUAAUGAUAAAAAGAUAUGGAAAUGAAGAAGUAAUCUGAAUCUUCAGAGUAACGAAGUCACGCUUUCUAUCUACCCCCAGCAAACUCUAUAUAAAAAGGGUGACUUUGUUACAUAAUCACAAUUUCAUCACUUAAUUAAAUAAACACAUUUUCUCACCAAAUCAAAAUCAAGUAUCUCUCCACAGAAAUAAUAAAAUCUUUCUCUCUCGUCUCAUAGAAUAUGGAGAAAGAUUCUUGGGCAGAUCUGUGGGACAACAAUCAGUCGAGGGGGAAAACGACGGAAGUGAGUAAAAGUGGCAGCGGCGGUGGUGCGAAGAGUAAAUACAAAGAGAAGAUGGAAGCUGGACUGGGGAAGACGAAAGCAGCGGCGAGUUCGGGGUUCAAGAAAGUGAAGACGGGAACGUCGCUGGGUCUUAGCUGGGUCAAAGACAAGUAUUCCAAAACCACCUCCAAGAAGAAUUGAUUUCUUUUGAGUUUCGAUUUCACAUCAAAUAAUAAAGGCUUUUUGUAACAGAUCUGAUGAUAUCGAAUAUUAUUUGUUUUGGAUUCUUCUUUUGGACAGAUUAGGUUUGUUUGAUCACGUGAAGAAGAUUCACAAGUCUAUUUCAAAAAUAUUUUUCUUUAGAAAACUAAAAGAUAUUUUUGGAUUGGUGUGCCAGAUCCGUUUGCUUCCCAAUUAAAGUUUUAGUUUUAUUCCCUA